AUGGAGGGCCCCGUUAAGAUCGCAGCCGGUGCGCCGGCCCGCGCAUGGCAGAGCAAACAAGAGUGGGUUGUACUUGUGGAGAACAUCGCGCAGUCUCGCGCACGACUCGCCUCCGGUAUCCAGCUGGCCAUCGAGAAGCAGUGGGGCAACAACUUCACCGCCAGCCUGCAGGAAUAUGCGGCGACCAAGGAGAACGAGAUCCGCGACGUAUGCAGCUCCAAUUUCCAGGAGUUUGUAGACUCGAUCGAGGAGAUCGUGCAUAUGAAGGCGGACGUAUCCAAGCUGCAGAAUGAUAUCGAUCGUUUUCAGAGCGAACUCGUAACGUCAACGUCGGGGAUCCUCUCAGUCCACGACUCCCUGGCCACAUGCUGUAUGGUGCAAAAGCACAUUGACGAGUCCAUCGAGAAGCUACAGCAAUGCCAACGCAUAGUGGCUCUCGCUGCAUCAAUCGAGGCUUACAUCCAACAGGGCAAACUGUUCCAUGCACUCAAAAUGCUUGAAGAACUCCGCGUCGAAAUUGCAGCCUUUCGAGGUCGACUAUUCCCACAACGCAUGAGCGACUGGAUGCACGUUGCCAUGCGAACUAUCAAGGACGAAGCGAAGCGAAAUGCCUCCGUCUGGCUGGAAGAUGUUCGCGCGGCGUCAUUGUCAAUUGGUCAAGCAGCAAUUCAUCGCCUGGAGAACCAAAUCAGCGAGCAAUACUACGAACAGGACGUGCUAGAGAAGAGCGGCCAUGCGCUUGGGAGAUCCAACAGCGGCCAAGUUCCUGCCAGUCCUCGAGCCUCGUUGAGUCCGUCCGACUCGGGAAGAUCGUUAGUGAGCGAAGACUCGUUCAAGCUGCCGUCCAUCCGCCUGUCGCCGAUGCUGAGGAUCCUCCACGUCUUCCGUGCCAUAAGUCAAGUCCCUGAACUGGCGGCGUUCUACAAUGCCAACCGCUUGCCUCAAUUGCAGUUAACGUCGUUUCUAAGAGGCGCAGUUACUACGAUCACUCCGGACAAGUUUGUAGCGCAGCACGACGAGCUGUCCAAGAAGUUGACGGGCGCUUUUUGCCUUGAACAUUUGCUGUGGCGCUACUCGGACGCUGCGUUGCUGUCCAAGAAAGAGAUCAAUGGGAUCUUCCAUCUCGUGAUGCAGAGUUUGUGUGGCAUUGUGUCGACUUCGGUCUUGAGCGUCAACGUGCCGAGUACGAUCCUCGAUAUCAAGCUCCGAGCGAUCGUGUGUGCUCGAACGCUAAGUGACGAGGUGCACGAGUACAACUCCACGCUGAUGUUUGACACUUUCCGUCGCUUGGGAACGCACUUCCGGAGCGCAAUCAUGGCGGAAACCAAGAGGAAGCUUCGGGAAUUCAUGUCCAGCGAUACUUUCGAGCGCGUUCAAGUCUCUUCCGAGCAACUUCGAGCGACGCUGCAGUGCUGCGGAUUGGAGAAAGAAGACGGACGUUUGUUGAAGAAUGUCGAUCUCGGAUCCAACCUCGUUGUGCUGCCGUUUACCAGUGUGGUCGUAAAGAGCUGUACGAGUAUCGAGGCGCUGGUCCAGAUGAUGUUCGACUAUGAGCGCUAUUUGAACAUUGACGACUGGGGCGAGUGGGUGCGAAGUGACACGAUCGAGGCGCUGUCGUUUCUUAACGAAACGUUGAACGAAGUGAUCGACCAGCACACAGACCUGCAAGUUUCGACGGCCGUCAUGAUGGGGACGAACGCGUCGUUUCUGGCUUGUGCCUGUGAUCGCUUCGAGGAACACGUCAAGAUUCAGACGGAAGCGUGGGAAGCGCGGACGUAUGGCUACAGUGUCAGUAAUACGCUCCGAGGAGCGAACACGCAACUCAUAAAGCCUUGCUCCAGUCGACUGCUGUUGAGUAAGGCUGCAGCCAAGAAGAAGUUCGAGAGCACAACUACAAGAGCGCAAGAUAUGGUCUGCGAGCUCAUGUUGAAGAAGAUUGACGAGUUGUUAUCGAGUUUCUACUACCUCAACUGGACUCCCAGUGCGGUGCUGACCCAGCCAGAUCCUUCCAUGUGGGACCUCAUCAACUACCUCAAAGUGACGUUUGCGCAACUGGGUCAGCUGCCUCCAGCAGUCCAGGAAGCUGUUCACUUUGCUUCGUGCAGCUAUCUGGCCAAGUCGCUGGAGCAGAUUUUGAGUGGGGCCACGGUGAAGAAGCUCAACAUGGAGGGGAUUGCCAACUUCAAACGCAACUUGGACGUGCUGCUGGACUUCAUCGAGUCCGUCCCGAUUGCUCAGCUGAAAGAUUGCUUCGUGCCCAUCUCGCAUCUCGUCGACCUCUUCGUCUCUGGACGCGUCGAAGCUUUCCUUGAUCCGCAGCAAAAAGAUGCUCGUGGCAAGUACUCGCAUCUAUCUUCCGACACUGUUUCCGCUGUACUCGCCAAGAUGAAGGAUGGAAAGAGCUCAUCAAAGGCAUGGGGAGCGACAUUCGUUAGUGCUCCAAAGAAGACCCUCUUCGGAGUUAAGAGCUCUCGAAAAUAA